UUGAAAGACACAUCAAAAAUCUGAAAAGUGAGGCCGAUAAAAAGGCAGCAAGAAAGCGGCUGACCGAAAUGAACAAAAAGAUUUCUUGGGACCAACGUUUGGUGAAUGGCCUUCAAAUUCUUAAUCAAGAGAGAAUCGGCAUUGCUCAUCCUGACUUAAGCAGUGAAAAGAUGCAACAAGCUACAGAUUUUUUGAAAGAGGAAAAUAUUUUGAGAGGAAGAAUGGUCGACGAUGUAAACAAAUUAAAAGAAUUAUGGGAAACCUCCGAAGAAUUGUUACAGACAAGCUCUACAGAGGGUCACGAUCAAGGCCUUUCACAGGACAAAAAACAUAUACGAGCAAUGCCGUCUUUCACUUCCAGUAAAGCUAGUGGGAAACGAUUACUUCCACACCGAUUCUUUCAGUCGAAGGGAACAGAUUAA